AUGAAGUCCCGCUUCCACUCUUUGUUCUCUGCUCAGACUCACAGACCCCAAGUCGUCCACUCACUCUCAUCACCCUCAACCAAAAAACCCAAAUGGAACUCCAAGACCAACGUCAUAAUCACCAACCCAACUCUGCUCAUCAUGGAGUCUUGCACCACCAUGCUCCAGUUGAAGCAAAUUCAAGCCCAAAUGACCUGCACUGGCCUCAUUCACCACACCUUUCCCGUCAGCAGAGUCCUAGCCUUCUGUGCUAUCGCCGACGGCGGCGACAUUCACUACGCUAAUCUUAUUUUCACGCGCAUUGAAAAACCCAAUACUUAUAUGUGGAACACAAUGAUCAGAGGCUACUCCAAAGCUCAAGUUAACACAACUGGAUUCUCAUUUUUCAGCCGAAUGGUCCGUGAACGCGUCGAAAUGGACUGCCGGAGUUUUGUCUUUGCGCUCAAGGCAUGUGGGUUGCUGGGAGAUUCGGUACAGUGCGUGAUUUGGAAGAUGGGUUUUGGUUCUGACUUGCUGGUGCGAAAUGGGUUGGUGCAUUAUUAUGCUGAAGGCGGGUCUGUGAGUCAUGCACGGAAGGUGUUCGAUGAAAGUUCUGUGAGGGAUGUUGUAACUUGGACCACCAUGAUUGAUGGGUAUGCGGGGUGUGGUUAUUCGAAUGAGGCUGUGGAGUUGUUUGAUGAGAUGUUGUUGAGUGAUGUUGAGCCAAAUGAGGUUACUAUGAUUGCAGUGCUUUCUGCGUGCUCGAAUAAGGGGGAUAUUGGUAUGGGGAAGAGUAUUCAUGAGUAUAUGAGAAAGAAGAAUGUGAACUGUAGCUUGAAUUUGGUUAAUGCUUUGUUGGAUAUGUAUGUGAAAUGUGGUUGUUUGACUGCGGCGAAAGAGGUUUUUGAUGACAUGAAAGUGAGGGAUGUGUUUACAUGGACUAGCAUGGUUAAUGGAUAUGCUAAAUGCGGCGAGUUAGAUGCUGCAAGACAAUUUUUUAAUGACAUGCCUGAUAGAAAUGUAGUAUCUUGGAAUGCGAUGAUUGCUGGUUAUGCUCAGAACAAUCAACCUACUCAAGCGGUGAAGUUGUUUCAUGACAUGGUAGAGUCGGGUUUUGCUCCGAUAGAGAACAGUUUAGUAUGUGUGCUCUCUGCUUGUGGUCAGUUAAGUUGCCUGGAUUUGGGUCGGUGGAUUCACCAGUAUUAUGUCCAUGGAAAUCAUAUUCAACUUAGUGUGAUUUUGGGGAAUGCGUUGAUAGACAUGUAUGCCAAGUGUGGGAGUUUAACUUCUGCUACAGAACUUUUCAAUGAAAUCCCAGAGAAAAAUUUGGUUUCUUGGAAUACGAUGAUUGCUGCAUACGCUGCUCAUGGCCAUGCUAAGCAAGCUCUUACUCUAUUCAACCAAAUGAAAAGCACGGAUACGAAGCCUGACCAUAUCACAUUUGUGGCAGUCUUGUCUGCUUGCAGCCAUGGCGGAUUAGUUUCUGAAGGCAGAGAGCAUUUCAAAAGCAUGAUUAGGGAUUACGGAAUAGAGCCCAAAGAGGAAAAUUAUGCUUGCAUGAUAGAUUUACUUGGAAGAAUUGGAUUGCUGGAAGAAGCAUAUGAGUUGAUAAACAAAAUGCCAAUGGAACCGAGUGCGUCUGCAUGGGGCGCCCUUCUAAAUUCAUGUAAAAUUCAUGGGAAUGUUGAGCUAGCUAAGCUUUCUGCUGAGAAACUAUUAGACUUGGAUCCAGAAGAUAGUGGAAUUUAUGUGUCGCUGGCAAACUUAUGCGCUAUCAAGCAAAGAUGGGUGGAUGUAAGAAAUGUCAGAAGCCUGAUGAAAGAGAGGGGAGUGCAGAAGAAUCCUGGGCAUAGCUUGAUAGAGGUUCAGGGUCAGUUUCAUGAAUUCUUUGCUGCUGAUAAGUCACACCCUCAAUCAGAAGAGGUUUAUAGAGUUUUAAAUGUUAUGUAUAUGUUCUCCAAAUCGGAGUUAUAUCUGCAAAAACAAUUUGAUGAACUUUUAUGCAUAUGAUGAUAUAAAAAUUUCACUAAUAUGAGAUAGAA